AUGAGUACUUAUAAUACCCAAGGAAUUACUCCACCAGAUGACGAAGUAAAGAACGAAGUAUCAUCGUUAGAUGAAAGAUUAAUUGAUUAUGAUGUUAACAAACUCAUAUAUGUUAGGAGAGGGUCCCAAAGAGAUAGCCGCAGGGUUAUUGGCAGAGAUAAUUUAAACUUCGAUAAUUCACACCUUUCGAAGGAACAUGCGUGUUUCCAAUAUAGAAAUGGAGCAUUAUACGUUAAAGAUUGUGGGUCAACUUUUGGGACAACUGUCAAUGAUAAGUUCAUUGUGGCAAAUAGGUGGCAUGUGUUGGAGUCGUGUGAUACGAUCGGGCUUAUUGUUUCCAAGCCGUCAACUUGGAUUGCAAAAAUUGUCGAGAAGUUCCCAGAUCACGAUGAUAUUCCAUUGGAGGAAUUCUCCAAUCCCCCAAUUGGAUUGAAGCUUCGUUUCGAUUACUUAGAUGACAAACUUAAAUUUUGUGUUGUCAAAGAUGAUAGGGAUCAUGAAUCGGUAUCGGAAGUUGUACCCAAUGAUGUGAGUAUGAACGAGACUUAUGAUACCGAUGCAUAUUAUUUUGAUAACUGUUUAGAGGUUGGAGAGAAGCACCCACACGAAUGUGCCUGUGCCGAAAGGAGUUGUACAGAAGGUAAUGAUGACGAAGUCGAGCCUGAAUCUAAACUUAAUAACAAUCCUAAAGAUACAGAUAAGUCAAACGAUUUCAUCACACACGAGGAAGUUUCACACUUAGAUUGUAAAGAUAUUGAAUGUAGUGCAGAUCUCGAUGUCCAUGAACCUCAUUUGGAAAUUUCGAUUACGCAGGAGGUCGUAGAUGCAAAAAGCGAGAAUCUGGAUGACGAUGAAAGUUGUUCAUUUGGUCAUUUUACGUCAGAAUUGAUUUCAGAUUCCGAUAUAGGCUCAGAUUCCGAUUCCUUAUCUGGGUUUUCUAGUUCUGAUUCUGAUUCUAGCUCCAUAUCGAGUUCCAGCUCCAGUUCCAACUCCAGCUCCUCUAUAUCGGAUGAAUCAGAACCUGAACUUGAUACAAGCAUCAUCAUCGCAAAUAUCAAUUCUGAUGAUGAUUGUGCUGAUCAUGAUUGUACUGAUCAUGAUGGUUGGAGUUGUCAAAACUUUUCUAGUUUUACCAAUUCCAACUCUGAGGAAUCUACUAUUUAUGGCCUUCCACAUGCUAUUGUUCCAGUAUUAGAUCGUACUGGAGAUUAUUUAGAUCCGUGUAUUACCUCAGAAUCUUCUAAUGCUGAAGGUAGAAAGAAAAGGUCGUUUGAUGAAUAUCAAGAUGAUAUUCAAUCCUCUGAUGAGGAACACGAAUCAAAGAAGGUCAAAUUGCCAUCGACCGAAGAUAAGUUUGCAUUCAAAUCAAUUGCUAAAGAGGUUGUCAAAGGUGCUUUAUAUGCCUUGGCAACUAUCACCGCUCUUGGAGUUUAUGGGAGUACUAUUGAUAAUCAAGAAUGA